CUGCGCAAUUUUGCCAAGGCUCCCCGUCCAAUCACAACUACCGUUUGAAAGCUGUCAAGCCGUCCGAAUUGCAACCAAUCAGCUUCGAUCUUACAUUCUAACCCAAGGCCCGGAGAGAGGAGCAGCAAGGCAAACUAGUGGAGAAGCUGCAAGAUGGCGGCCGCUUUCUGAGAUAAUUCCGCCAACUCUCCUUUGGUUUUUCUUUUCCGCCCUUGCCCUCGUUUCGAGGAAAGCAGAUCGGAAUCGUGGCCAGAGACUUCCCGCCGCCGUGUACAAGUGUUCAUUUCUUGUUUUAGUCAUUGUUUUAAAGGCAGCCGCCUCGGUGUUGUCUCGUAGGACUGAAUCCAGCAGACAUUUUCUUUCUUACUCCUCAUAACAACACACGGGAUAGAAAGCGUCGCCGCCUCCGUCCCCUGUGGGUGCGCUGCGCCCGGGGUUAAGGCAAUGACUUCCAUACACUUCGUGGUGCACCCGCUGCCCGGCACCGAGGAUCAGCUCAAUGAUCGGCUGAGAGAAGUUUCUGAAAAGCUGAACAAAUACAAUUUAAGCAGCCACCCCCCUCUGAACGUACUUGAACAGACCACUAUAAAACAGUGUGUGGUUGGACCCAAUCAUGCUGCUUUCCUUUUAGAGGAUGGAAGAAUUUGUCGAAUUGGUUUCUCAGUGCAACCAGACAGACUGGAAUUAAGCAAACCUGAAAAUAAUGACGGUUCAAAGUUGAGCAGUGGCUCAGGGGCAGGAAGGACAUCCAGGCCAGGCAGGACUAGUGACUCCCCUUGGUUUCUGUCUGGUUCUGAAACUCUGGGCAGACUGGCAGGCAACACCCUUGGAAGCAGGUGGAGUUCUGGUGUUGGUGGAAGUGGUGGGGGAUCCUCUGGGCGGUCAUCAGCUGGUGCUAGAGAUUCUCGGAGGCAAACAAGAGUUAUCCGCACGGGAAGGGACAGGGGCUCUGGUCUCUUGGGCAGUCAACCGCAGCCUGUGAUUCCAGCUUCUGUUAUUCCUGAGGAACUCAUCUCACAGGCACAAGUUGUUCUUCAAGGAAAAUCACGAAGUGUCAUCAUCCGAGAGCUGCAGAGAACAAAUCUCGAUGUUAACCUUGCAGUAAACAACCUCUUGAGUCGAGAUGAUGAAGAUGGGGAUGAUGGUGAUGACACUGCAAGUGAAUCCUACUUGCCUGGAGAAGAUCUUAUGUCACUGCUGGAUGCUGACAUUCAUUCUGCUCACCCAAGUGUCAUAAUUGAUGCUGAUGCUAUGUUUUCAGAAGAUAUUAGCUACUUUGGUUAUCCAUCUUUUCGGCGCUCUUCACUUUCCAGGAUAGGCUCAUCCAGAGUUCUCCUUCUUCCCUUAGAGAGAGACUCUGAACUGUUGCGUGAACGUGAGUCAGUGUUGCGUUUGCGUGAGCGGCGGUGGCUUGAUGGGGCCUCGUUUGAUAAUGAAAGAGGCUCCACAAGCAAAGAAGGGGAGCCUGCCCUUGAUAAGAAGAACACUCCCAUACAGAGCCCAGUGUCGCUGGGAGAAGAGCUGCAGUGGUGGCCUGAAAAGGACGGGACAAAGUUUAUUUCUAUUGGAGCACUUUAUUCUGAGCUGGUUGCUGUAAGCACUAAGGGAGAACUUUAUCAGUGGAAGUGGAUGGAGACGGAGCCUUAUAGGAAUACACAGAAUCCAUCAUUACAUCAUCCAAGAGCAUCGUUUUUAGGUCUAACAAACGAGAAAAUAGUCCUGUUGUCGGCGAACAGUAUCCGAGCCACAGUCGCUACAGAAAGCAACAAGGUUGCCACUUGGGUUGAUGAAACAUUAAGCUCUGUAGCCGCCAAGUUAGAACACACAGCUCAGAUUUUCCCUGAGCUGCAAGGAGAGAAGAUUGUGUCGUUGCAUUGUUGUGCACUUUAUACGUGUGCACAGUUAGAAAAUAACCUUUAUUGGUGGGGUGUGGUUCCCUUCAGUCAGAGGAAGAAAAUACUAGAAAAAGCACGCGCAAAGAAUAAAAAACCCAAAUCAAGUGCCGGAAUUUCAUCCAUGCCAAAUAUCAUAGUUGGCACCCAGGUAUGCUUAAGAAAUAACCCUCUCUACCAUGCGGGUGCAGUUGCUUUCUCAAUCAGUGCUGGCAUUCCUAAAGUAGGAGUAUUAAUGGAAUCGGUGUGGAAUAUGAAUGAUAGCUGCAGGUUCCAGCUCCGUUCUCCAGAGAGUCUAAAAAACUUGGAAAAAACAAAUAAAACAACUGAGGCCAAACCUGAAAGUAAACAGGAGCCUGUAAAAACCGAGAUGGGCCCUCCCCCAUCUCCAGCAUCUACCUGUAGUGAUGCCUCUUCAAUUGCUAGCAGUGCCUCAAUGCCAUACAUGUUUUGUUCUUUUCAAGAACGAAGAAGAUCAACUCCUGCUCCUAAGGAAGAAGAGAAGGUGAAUGAAGAACAGUGGUCUCUCAGAGAAGUUGUUUUUGUAGAAGAUGUUAAAAAUGUUCCAGUUGGAAAGGUACUGAAAGUUGAUGGCGCCUAUGUGGCAGUCAAAUUUCCUGGUGCAUCUAAUAAUUCUAACAAUCAGGGCACCCCUGUCUGUGAUCCAGACCCAUCCUCUCUACUACAGGAUUGCAGAUUACUACGGAUUGAUGAACUACAGGUAGUGAAAACUGGGGGGACACCCAAAGUCCCAGACUGUUUCCAAAGGACACCUAAAAAGCUUUGCAUUCCGGAAAAAACGGAGAUCCUGGCAGUCAAUGUAGAUUCCAAAGGGGUUCAUGCUGUACUGAAAACAGGGACGUGGGUACGAUACUGUAUCUUUGAUCUUGCAACUGGAAAAGCAGAACAGGAAAACAACUUCCCAACAAGUAGCAUUGCAUUUCUUGGCCAGAACGAGAGAAACGUUGCCAUCUUUACAGCUGGGCAGGAAUCUCCCAUCAUUCUUAGAGAUGGUAAUGGUACCAUUUAUCCUAUGGCUAAAGACUGCAUGGGUGGAAUAAGAGAUCCAGACUGGCUUGACCUUCCUCCAAUAAGCAGUCUCGGAAUGGGAGUUCAUUCUUUAACCAAUCUCCCUGCAAAUUCAACAAUUAAGAAGAAAGCUGCUAUUAUCAUAAUGGCUGUUGAGAAGCAAACAUUGAUGCAACACAUUCUGCGCUGUGAUUAUGAGGCCUGCAGGCAGUAUUUGAUGAACCUAGAGCAAGGUAUCGUCUUGGAUCCAAACACUCAGAUGCUGCAGACUUUUCUGAGCCACCGAUGUGAUGGCAAUAGGAACAUAUUGCAUGCCUGCGUGUCCGUUUGUUUCCCAACAAGCAACAAGGAAACAAAAGAAGAGGAGGAAGCAGAGCGCUCUGAAAGGAAUACGUUUGCAGAAAGACUAUCUGCAGUAGAAGCAAUUGCCAAUGCUAUCUCUGUGGUUUCUAGCAAUGGCCCUGGAAAUCGUGCUGGCUCUUCCAGCAGUAGAAGCUUGAGAUUGAGGGAAAUGAUGAGGCGGUCCCUUCGGGCAGCAGGUUUGGGGAGACAUGAGGCUGGCGCAUCUAGUGAUCACCAAGACCCAGUAUCACCUCCCAUUGCACCUCCUAGCUGGGUUCCUGAUCCACCUGCUAUGGAUCCAGAUGGUGACAUCGAUUUUAUCCUGGCUCCUGCUGUAGGAUCACUUACCACGGCAUCCACUGUACCUGGCCAAGGACCAAGUACUUCUACAAUACCAGGUCCUUCCUCUGAGCCAUCAGUUGUUGAGUCCAAGGAUCGGAAGGCAAACGCUCACUUCAUACUGAAGUUAUUAUGUGAUAGCAUUGUUCUGCAGCCUUACCUACGUGAUCUCCUGUCUGCCAAGGAUGCCAGAGGUAUGACUCCUUUUAUGUCUGCUGUUAGUGGGAGAGCCUAUCCAGCUGCAAUUACCAUUCUGGAAACUGCACAGAAAAUUGCUAAAGCUGAAGCAAAUUCAAGUGAGAAAGAGGAGGAUAUUUUCAAGGGAAUGAUAUGUCCACCUGGUACGAAUUCAGACGACUCUCCUCUCUAUGUACUUUGCUGCAAUGAUACCUGCAGUUUUACAUGGACAGGAGCUGAGCAUAUCAACCAGGACAUAUUUGAAUGUCGAACAUGUGGCUUGUUGGAAUCCCUGUGCUGCUGUACUGAGUGUGCAAGAGUCUGCCACAAAGGUCACGACUGCAAAUUGAAAAGAACAUCGCCUACUGCUUACUGUGACUGUUGGGAGAAAUGCAAAUGCAAAACAUUAAUUGCCGGACAAAAGUCUGCACGACUAGACCUUCUCUAUCGACUGCUGACAAUCACUAAUCUUGUCACAAUGCCAAACAGCAGGGGAGAGCACCUUCUUCUUUUCUUAGUUCAGACUGUAGCCAGACAGACGGUGGAACACUGCCAGUAUCGACCUCCAAGAAUUCGGGAAGAUCGCAAUCGAAAGACAGCUAACCCUGAAGAUACUGAUAUGCCAGAUCAUGACCUAGAGCCCCCUAGGUUUGCACAGCUUGCACUGGAACGUGUUUUACAGGAUUGGAACGCACUUAAAUCCAUGAUUAUGUUUGGUUCCCAAGAAAAUAAAGACCCUCUUAGUGCUAGCAGUAGAAUUGGCCAUCUUCUUCCUGAGGAACAAGUUUAUUUGAACCAGCAGGGUGGUACCAUUCGCUUGGACUGUUUUACUCAUUGCCUUAUUGUCAAGUGCACAGCAGAUAUAUUGCUGUUGGAUACCUUACUGGGGACCCUUGUAAAGGAACUCCAAAAUAAAUAUACGCCUGGGCGUAGAGAAGAAGCUGUAGCUGUCACAAUGCGUUUUCUGCGUUCGGUGGCUCGUGUUUUUGUCAUUCUCAGUGUAGAGAUGGCUUCAUCCAAGAAGAAAAACAACUUCAUUCCACAGCCAAUAGGGAAAUGCAAAAGAGUGUUCCAAGCUUUACUUCCAUAUGCAGUGGAGGAGUUGUGCAAUGUUGCAGAAUCCCUCAUUGUCCCAGUGAGAAUGGGCAUUGCACGACCAACUGCCCCCUUUACACUAGCAAGCACAAGUAUAGAUGCUAUGCAGGGCAGCGAGGAGCUGUUCUCUGUCGAGCCUCUACCUCCAAGACCUUCAUCCGAUCAGUCGAACAGUUCGAAUCAGUCCCAGUCAUCCUAUAUCAUUAGGAAUCCUCAGCAAAGAAGAAUAAGCCAGUCCCAGCCUGUACGAGGCCGCGAUGAAGAGCAGGACGACAUUGUGUCAGCGGAUGUGGAAGAGGUUGAAGUGGUAGAGGGGGUAGCUGGAGAAGAGGACCACCAUGAUGAGCAGGAAGAGCACGGGGAAGAGAAUACAGAAGCGGAAGGACAACAUGAUGAGCACGAUGAAGAUGGGAGUGAUAUGGAGUUAGACCUUUUGGCUGCAGCGGAAACAGAGAGUGACAGUGAAAGUAACCACAGCAAUCAAGAUAAUGCCAGUGGUCGGAGGAGUGUAGUAACAGCAGCUACUGCUGGAUCCGAAGCAGGUGCCAGCAGUGUUCCAGCCUUUUUCUCUGAAGAUGACUCCCAAUCCAAUGACUCCAGUGAUUCUGAUAGCAGUAGCAGUCAAAGUGAUGACCUCGACCAGGAGACCUUUAUGAUUGAUGAACCUCUAGAGAGGUCAUCAAACAGCAAUCAUGCAAACGGGGCUGCCCAGGCUCCAAGAUCAAUGCAGUGGGCAGUACGGAACACUCAGAGCCAAAGAGCCCCAAACACCACACCAUCUAAUACUUCUACUCCAGCAGCAAGUUCUGGUGCCUUGAUUUACAUUGAACCAUCAAGUCUGAGGCGGAGUGGCAACAUGAGCUCCAGUGCAGCAGCAACAGCAGCAGCCCUUGAAGCAAGCAAUUCCAGCAGUUAUUUAACAUCAGCAAGCAGUCUGGCUAGAGCCUACAGCAUUGUGAUACGGCAGAUCUCUGACCUGAUGGGACUAAUCCCCAAGUAUAACCACUUGGUCUAUUCGCAGAUCCCAGCAGCUGUAAAGCUAACCUAUCAAGAUGCAGUUAACUUGCAGAACUAUGUUGAAGAAAAACUCAUUCCCACAUGGAACUGGAUGGUCAGCAUAAUGGACUCGACUGAAGCCCAGCUGCGUUAUGGGUCUGCGUUAGCAUCAGCUGGCGAUCCAGGUCAUCCCAGUCACCCCCUUCAUGCAUCUCAGAACUCCAACCGCAGGGAAAGGAUGACUGCCCGUGAGGAAGCUAGUUUGAGGACUCUUGAGGGAAGAAGAAGAGCCACACUGCUUAGUGCUCGACAGGGGAUGUCUGCACGCGGAGACUUCCUGAACUAUGCACUUUCACUAAUGCGCUCGCACAAUGACGAACACUCGGAUGUGCUUCCUGUUUUGGAUGUUUGCUCCCUGAAGCACGUGGCCUAUGUUUUUCAGGCUCUGAUAUACUGGAUUAAGGCAAUGAACCAACAGACUACAUUAGACACUCCACAACUAGAAAGAAAAAGAACAAGAGAGCUUUUGGAGCUUGGCCUUGAUAAUGAAGAUUCAGAGCAUGAAAAUGAUGACGACACAAAUCAAAGCCUGACAUUAAAUGACAAAGAUGAUGAUACGCUACCCUCCGAGACUGGUCCAAAUCAUCCGUUUUUCCAUCGCUCUGAUUCAAUGACGUUCCUUGGGUGUAUUCCACCAAACCCAUUUGAAGUUUCUCUGGCAGAAGCUAUCCCACUUGCAGACCAGCCCCAUCUUUUGCAGCCAAAUGCAAGGAAGGAAGACUUAUUUGGUAGACCAAGUCAAGGUCUCUACUCAUCUACUGCUAACACUGGAAAAUGCCUAUUAGAAGUGACAGUUGACAGAAAUUGCCUGGAGGUUUUACCAACCAAAAUGUCAUAUGCUGCUAAUCUAAAAAAUGUAAUGAACAUACAGAGCCGUCAGAAAGAAGCUGAGGAACAGAAUGUGCCGACUGAGGAAAAUGAAACAUCGAAGCCUGGACCCUCUGCUCACGAUCUUGCAGCUCAGCUGAAGAGUAGCUUGUUGGCAGAAAUAGGGUUAACUGAGAGUGAAGGGCCUCCACUAACAUCAUUCAGACCACAGUGUAGCUUUAUGGGGAUGGUAAUUUCCCAUGAUAUGCUAUUAGGACGUUGGCGACUAUCACUUGAAUUGUUUGGACGGGUCUUCAUGGAAGAUGUUGGGGCAGAGCCUGGAUCAAUUUUAACUGAACUAGGAGGUUUUGAAGUAAAGGAAUCCAAGUUCCGUAGGGAGAUGGAAAAACUUCGAAAUCAGCAGUCCAGAGAUUUAACACUAGAGGUUGAUCGGGAUAGAGACCUUCUAAUACAGCAAACAAUGAGGCAGCUGAAUAAUCAUUUUGGGCGCAGAUGCGCCACAACUCCUAUGGCGGUGCACAGAGUAAAGGUUACCUUUAAGGAUGAGCCAGGAGAAGGCAGUGGUGUAGCCCGAAGUUUUUACACUGCAGUAGCACAAGCAUUUUUGUCCAAUGAAAAGCUGCCAAGCUUGGACUGUAUCCAAAAUGCCAACAAAGGUACUCAUACAAGUUUGAUGCAAAGACUGAGAAAUCGAGGGGAACGAGACCGGGAAAGGGAGCGAGACAUGAGAAGAAGCAGUGGUCUGCGAACAGGUUCUCGGCGGGAUAGAGACAGAGAUUUCAGACGUCAACUUUCCAUUGAUACCAGACCUUUCCGGCCAGCUUCUGAGGGCAAUCCUAGUGAUGAUCCUGAUCCUCUUCCUGCUCACAGACAGGCUCUCGGAGAGAGACUAUACCCACGUGUACAAGCCAUGCAGCCGGCAUUUGCAAGUAAAAUUACGGGCAUGCUGCUUGAGCUGUCUCCUGCACAGCUACUGCUGCUUCUUGCAAGUGAAGACUCCCUAAGAGCCAGGGUGGAUGAAGCUAUGGAACUUAUCAUUGCACAUGGAAGGGAAAAUGGUGCUGACAGUAUCCUCGAUUUAGGUUUAUUAGAAGCAGCCGAUAAAGUGCAGGAAAACCGUAAGAGGCAUGGCUCUAGUCGAAGUGUGGUCGAUAUGGAACUAACGGAUACAGACGAUGGGGACGAUAAUGCUCCUUUAUUUUACCAACCUGGCAAACGAGGUUUUUAUAGUCCCAGGCCUGGCAAAAAUACAGAGGCGAGGUUAAACUGUUUCCGAAACAUCGGCAGAAUUCUUGGCCUGUGCCUACUACAGAAUGAAUUAUGUCCUAUCACUUUAAGUAGGCAGGUGAUUAAAGUGCUUCUGGGCAGAAAAGUGAACUGGCAUGAUUUUGCAUUCUUUGAUCAUGUGAUGUACGAGAGCUUACGGCAACUUAUACUCGCCUCCCAAAGUCCGGAUGCCGACGCAGUGUUUGCCUCAAUGGAUUUAGCGUUUGCAAUAGACCUUUGCAAAGAAGAAAGUGGUGGGCAAGUGGAACUGAUUCCUAAUGGUGUAAAUAUCCCUGUAACGCCUCAAAAUGUGUAUGAAUAUGUCAGGAAAUACGCUGAACACAGAAUGCUCACUGUAGCAGAGCAACCACUUAAUGCCAUGAGGAAAGGACUAUUGGAUGUUCUCCCAAAGAAUGCGUUGGAAGACUUAACUGCAGAAGACUUUAGGCUCUUGGUGAAUGGCUGCGGGGAAGUCAAUGUUCAGAUGCUCAUUAGCUUUACCUCCUUCAACGAUGAGUCUGGAGAAAAUGCAGAAAAGCUUUUGCAGUUCAAACGCUGGUUCUGGUCUAUAGUAGAAAAGAUGAGCAUGACAGAGAGGCAAGAUUUAGUUUAUUUUUGGACCUCCAGCCCAUCGUUGCCGGCAAGUGAAGAGGGAUUCCAACCAAUGCCAUCCAUUACCAUCCGGCCACCCGAUGACCAGCACCUUCCCACAGCAAACACUUGCAUCUCUCGCCUCUACGUCCCCCUUUAUUCUUCAAAACAGAUUCUCAAACAGAAGUUGUUACUCGCUAUUAAGACCAAGAACUUUGGCUUUGUGUAAAGUAAUUUAAAGUAUUCUGCCGUGUAAUAUUCCUAGCGAAACCCCCUUUUUUCUAGAUCUUUUUUUCCAUUAAAAAAAACAAAGUUUAUUAAAGUUGAUUCUGUCGCCCCCUCUGCGGUGGAACAUAAUGGAUAAAGUCAGUGUUUCCGAGCUGUAGAAGCUCCAGGGGGUUACAAAGACAUUCCUCUGCUAAACUUGCAAACAAAUUACCCACACAAAGCAGUGACCCUAGUGACUGUAACGUGUAGUGACCAGAUGGAAGGCCGCAGGACUAGAUCAAUACACUGUGAUUCAUAGUUUUUAUUGGAGCAAAGAUGAAGUGAUUUGGGAAUUCAGUGCUGCCUUUGGGGGAGAUUUCUUCAUCUUCAUCAUGGCUCCUUUGUAUGAAGAAGAAGGAAGGAAUUUAACAAAAAAUAAAGGCAAAAAAAUGAAUAAUGUUCUCUCCUUUUGGGAUUUUUUUUGUUUGUUUUCUGUAAGAAGGGUAAAAGAGCAACUUUUUUUUCCUAUUAUUUAAUUUGUAGUUUACCUCCUGUAAUGUACAUGAUGUAUAUUAAACUUGUAAAAGUGAUAUCCGCGGGAAUUAUUGAGCUUAUGUUGCACUAUUUUGUCACUGAGCGUUACAUCCGUGAGAAAGUCAAUGCUAACCAGUAUCUCUUGCUUAGACUUGAUCUCGUGAGAAGCAGGUUAUGCGCCUCUCUUGUACAACCACAAGUAUGUAUUCUUAUCAUCACUCAGGGGACUCUACCCACCCCUCCCCCAGUCCUAUUUCAUAUCAAAAUGUUUUGUCAUUUACCCAGCACUUCAGCGAUUACAAUUUAAGGCAGAUCACCUCUUUAAUUGUUUUUACUUUAAAUGAAUGCUUUUAGUAAAAAACAAAAGCAAAAGAA